AUGGCUUCUAGUGCCAACGCUUCCGUCGUUGCCCAAUGCGGCUGUUCUCCCGAAUGUUCGCAGCCGUGCUCCAGCGUCGAGACGCAAAACAGACUCCGCGCCGAACGACUUGAUCUCAUGCUGGCUGCCGCCGAUACUAGCAUUGUCGCCCUUCAGGCCAAGCAAUCCCAUAUUCCGACGUGCAAUCUACCCGAACAAAAGUCUGAUGGGGCUGGAAAAGACUCUACAAAGAAGGCGAACGGCUCCGCCGCGAACGGCAACAACUAG